AUGUAUUACAUCCUCUACCUUGCAAGUCUCUGCAAACGCAGACACUGGUCAGAACCACACUAUGACUCCUUCCAAAGCUCCACAGGCUUCACCUGCGUAGUCCGAGUGAACAACCGCGAAUACAAAACCGACUCGAUCUGCGAGUCCGAAGUCAUGGCCCGCGAGAACGCUGCUAUGCGCGCGUACCUGAUUUGUCGGAAUUUCUCAGUGAAUGACGGCAUGUAUCCCGCUGGCCAUGACCACGGUGGAGUUUUGCAGGGGGUGCCCGUUGCGAUUGGGACUGGGCGUGGAAGCCAUCGAGUUUCUUCACGGUAUGGGACUGUGCACCAUGAUGAGAGCGACUCGACUUCAGUUAGUGGUGGCAGUCGGAGCGGCGGGAGUAGUCCUGAGAGUCACGACGGAGCGCGAUUGAUGACUCGUGAUCACCAUGACCGCCGUCAUGGGGUUCCUACUCGCGCUCUUGCUUACCGGGCAUCAGAAACCAACCCAACGCGAAAAUCUGAGAAUGAGCCUGAUGAUGAGUCCUCUAAACUGGAUGAGGCUGUGUCGUAUGUCAAGCAAAACCAGAGGAAGACACCAUGGCAGAGAGAGGGUUCUCAGAUACCGCCAGUGAAACGCGAGAGAGAUGCAUCCGCUAUGACGAAGGGAAAGCUCUUGACUACACCAUCACGACUUUUGAAGUUGAUUUUACCAGUAACGACGAAGGAUUAUAAUGAUGACAGAAAGGACGUCGAACCGUUGGCACUCCUAUUACACUCCCAGCAACCACUAUCAUAUCUCGAACGCUUGAUCCAAGCAGAAGUCCCGCCCAUCACAGACGAAAAGGGCAAACUGCGUCCACCACACGUCUCUUUUCUAGCCGUCGAGAUCGAAGACGGGACGAUUCAGCCCAGGAAACCAAAAGCCAAAAACUGGGUCGACGAGUCAAAAGAUGAUGAACAGGAGUCGCUGGACAGAGAUGAAGAAAAGUCGUCGGUAGCGACGAGAGACUCUCAGAUAGCUCGACUCGGGGACGUCUCCGACGAGAAAGAGGAUGUAGGGAAGAGCCUUGACGCUGAGCGCAAUACAGAGACAGACAAAGAGACCGAAGCCCUACGCAAGGGCUCCUUUGUCCGAUGGUCCUCAUCCACCGAGCUGGGUGACUUCAUUCGCGACGCAGCGCGUGUCAAAGAAUUUCUCGUCGAAAUCGAGAACUCACCCCUGGGCAAAAUCCCUGUAGCUGUCCCCUCCUUCAAUGACCGCACCUACUAUCUCCGCAUGCGACUACGCAAACUCUCCAAAAGCCUCAAAAAUCUCGCCAUAAUCAAACAAGAAUGCGACGUUCUCGCCCACCGCGGCGCGCAGCGAGUCGCCCUCGGCGGCCUCGGCGUGAUGGUUUCAUGGUGGUGCAUCGUGUACAAACUCACCUUCGAGACCGACUACGGAUGGGACACCAUGGAACCCAUCACGUACCUCGUCAGCUUAUCCACGCUAAUGGGCGGCUAUGCCUGGUUUCUGUACCACAACCGCGAAAUCUCGUACCGCUCCGCGCUCGAUUUUACGGUAAACCGUCGUCAGCAAAAACUCUACCAAGCGCGCGGAAUCGAUCUGCAGGUUUGGGAGUCGCUGAUCGAGGAGGCGAAUUCGUUGAGGAGAGAGAUCAAGACUGUUGCGGAAGAGUAUGAUGUGGAUUGGGAUGAGAGGGGGGAUGAGGAGGAUGAGCGGGUGACGGAGGCAUUGAAGAAUGAGCGUCGACAGAAGGAGAGAAGGGAAGAGGCGGAGAGAAAGCAGGAAAAAGAGGAUGAGAGAAAGGCUAGGGAUUAG